AUGGAGUCUUCAAGAUCAAUAAAUCAUAAAUUAAAUGAAUUAUUAAGUAAAAAUAACUCAAAUAAAUUUAAAUUAGAACGUCAAAUUAGUUUAACGUAUGGAAGUAUCUUAAAGCAAAAUAUAUUAGGUAUUAAUAAGCAAGAAAAAGUUAAUUCAAUAGUUGUAUUAGCUAAAUUAUUAGAUUGUAUUGAAUCUACAAAUGAGUUUAAUAAUAUAUUGGAUCAUGGUUUAUUUUCAACAUUAUUUUCAAUAAUUAGCUCAAAUAUGAGUACUGAGACCUACAAGGCCAUUCUUAAAAUAUGCACAAUUUUAGUAUCUGGAAAUAUAUUUGAAACAGAAAAAAUUGAAUUUUAUUUACCAUUAUUUGAUUCAUUAGUUGAUUAUUUAGAUGUUAUAGAAAUAAUAACAACCAAAUUAUUCCUUCAAGAUAACAAAAUUACAUUAAAUUCAAUCAAAUUGGUAUAUAAUUUGAUUAAUAAGUGUUUGGAUUUUAAUUAUACUGGGAUAAUUACUCUUUCUGGUCAUUUAAAACAUGUUAAUUUUUUCAACACCAUUGGGAAUUUAUUAGAAACUAAUGAUGCUCUAAUUCUUUCAUCUAUUGAUGAGUUGAAGAUUUCAUAUUAUAAUUUAAACAUGAAUUUAAAUUCAACUAAAUUUGAUUUAUCAAUUAAAUCACAUCAAAUAAUGUUGAACCAUUUAUUUAUAUUUUUGGAAGUUUCUUUAAAUGAAUAUGGAACACCCGCAACAAUUGAUGAAUAUAUUAAGGCUGGAUUUACUGAUAAUCCAAGACAAUUUGUAAUUGAAAAUUUUACAAUUUUAUUAGCUAUGGAUUUAAAAAUAUUCUUGAAGGAUCCAAAUUUUACAUUUAAAAAGAGAUUUCAUGAGGAAUUAAUGAUGAGUGAUCAUACAAGAACGUUCCCUCUUUAUUUAUUCAUCGAAAAAUCAACACAAUUAUGGAUUUCAAUAUUUACACAAAGGGAAACUUAUCCAUUUAUUUAUAAUUCAAUUUUAAGUUGGGAAUUAUUCAUUUAUUCUACAAUGAAUAAUUGUUUAAUAUUAUGGCAACAAACAAAAGCAAAAUUGAAUAAUGUCGAUAUUAAUAAAAUUUUUGAACUAUUAUAUUCAAAUCUUAAUUCUAUUGAAUAUAAAAUUAGUUCAGAUUUACCAAUUGAUGAAUGUUUAGAAAUUGAUGAAAAUAUAAGAAGGAUACAAGUUGAAAGUAUAAAAUUGAAUCUAAAUAAUCAAUGGAAUUCAGAAAUAAAUGAAUUUGAUAAAUUACUAGUUCAAAAAGUGACUGAAUUUGUUUUAGAACAACGUGUUAUUCAAUUAUUGAAAGGUUCAUGGGUAUUCACUGAAUCUUUUGGUGAAAGUUUAUUUAAAAAUUCAAAAUCAUCAUCAUCAUCAUCAUCAAAUUAUAAAUAUUAUUAUAUUAUUUUGGCACCAAAUAGAAAUUUCAUAUAUUAUAAAGAAUUCACCGAAAAACCGAAAAACAAUCCAAAUUUUGAAGAAAUGGAAGAGAAAAAGAUUAAAAUUAGUGAUAUUCAUGAUUUGAAGUCUAUUAGAAUUGGUUCAGCGAUUGGUGAAGAUGACAUCAAGAAAAAUUCAAUGUUGAUUUCAAUAAAGGGGACAAUUUCAUAUGAGAAAAUUACAUUAUUCGAUAUAAAUUCAAAAAAAUUAUUAUCUUUUUAUACUGAUAAUAUAAAUAAGAAAUUAAUUAUACAAGAUGGUAUUAAAAUGUUAAAAAAAGAUAAUAGCUUAUCUGAAGAAACUACAAGUCAAAUAAAUACUUUAAUUGAAAUUAGAAGAACUACUCAAUUAAUACCUUUGGAAAAUGAAAUUAAUAUACCUAACAAAGAAGAUGAUGAUGUUGAUGAUGAUGAUGAUAUUUAUAAUUUUGAUGAAUUAAAUAGAAUAAGUAAUGAUUUUAAUUAUGUAAAUUAA